AUGGAACUUCAGAUGUCAUCUGCAGUGCAAGAGAAAGAAGAGCACUCCAGAGAAUCAAACAAGGCCUUGUGGACCAGGGACUACCUCUCUUCAUGGACCCGUGAAGCCUGCUGUUCAUGGAAAGGCAUUGGCUGUGACAACAUAACUAGGCAUGUUGUCAAGAUCAACCUCAGUCGUGAGCCCAUGGAAGGAGCUUCCUUGGGUGGGGAUAUAAGUACUUCUUUGUUGGACCUGAACCAUAUUCAGUACCUGGAUCUCAGUUGGAACAGCUUUGAAGGACUUCAGAUUCCAGAAUUCCUUGGUUCCCUGACAGGUUUAAGGUAUCUUAAUCUCUCCAAUGCAGGUUUGACUGGUGAUGUUCCUCGUCAACUUGGAAAACAGUCGACCUUACAGUAUCUUGAUAUUGGAGGCAUUUCUCUGGAUACCGAGAACCUUGACUGGAUCUCUUCUCUUUCCGUCCUUGAAGUUCUUGACAUGAGCUGGGUGGACCUAAACAAAGCGUCUAAUUGGCUACAAGCAAUGAAUACGCUCCAUUCUUUGUCAGUUCUAAUCUUGUCUGACUGUGGGCUCGAUAGCAUCAAUCCUCUCCCAGUUGUGAAUUUUUCGUCUCUCACUGUCCUUCACCUCUCAGAGAAUCAAUUUGUUUCUCCAACAUUUGACUGUUCAUCUUCUGGACCAACAUCUGUAUCUGUAAGAGGCUCGUCAUCCUUGAGUUACUUAGAUAUGUCCGGGAAUUCUCUGAAGGGUAUAGUGUCUGGAAAGCACUUCGCUAAUUUGACAAGGUUGAAAUAUUUACAUGCUUCUUCAAACUCGUUUACAUUGCAAGUAGGUUCUGACUGGAAUCCUCCAUUCCAACUAGAAAUUUUGAAAAUGGGAUAUUGGCAGUUGGGGCCUUUAUUUCCUGCAUGGCUGCAAACGCAAAAGGAUCAGAUGGAUCUAGACAUAUCCAGAGUGUCAAUCAAAGAUGCCAUCCCAUCUUGGUUCUGGAGUCUCAAUCUUGACUACAUAAACUUAGCGGACAACCGGAUCUAUGGCACUGUUCCAAGCUUACCAACUGCAUAUCAGAUCUAUCUUUGUUCAAACAAAUUCACUGGCCCACUGCCCCGUAUCUCUUCCAAGACAUUUUCAUUAGAUCUUUCCCAUAACUCCUUUAAUGGAUCCCUUUCACCCAUCUUGUGUCAACAGAACAAUGAAGAGAACAUUUUGUGGUCUUUAGACCUCUCCGGAAACAUUCUAUCUGGAGAACUUCCUGACUGUUGGGCGUCCUGGACACUACUUAUGGUGUUGACAUCACAGAAUAAUAUUCUGACUGGACAUCUACCGAGCUCGAUGGGUUCCCUACUUCAGCUAAGAUCAUUGCACUUGCACAACAACAGUCUCUCUGGUACUUUACCGCCUUCCAUGCAAGGUUGCAAAAGUUUAUCAGUUGUAGACCUCGGUGAGAAUGAAUUCUCUGGAAGCAUACCGAUGUGGGUGGGGAAGAAUCUGUCUUAUGGGUUCACAGACACAGCAUCACUGGUCGUAAAGAGUUCAGAAUAUGAGUACGGUGGUUCUCUCCCCCUUCUAACUGGAUUAAUAGACCUCUCAUGCAACAACUUAUCGAGUGAGAUACCAGAAGAACUGACCGGUCUUCAAGGUUUGAUGUUCUUGAACCUGUCUGUUAAUCAUCUUGAAGGACAACUUCCUAUGGAGAUUGGCGCCAUGACAUCCUUGGAGUCUCUUGAUCUCUCCAGGAACAAACUUUCGGGUGUUAUUCCACAAAGCGUUGCAGGUAUAUCAUUCUUGAGCCAUUUAAAUGUGUCGCACAAUAACUUCUCAGACAGAAUUCCAUCAGGCACUCAAAUCCAAGGCUUUAAUGCGAGCUGUUUUAUUGGUAAUCUUGAGCUCUGUGGGCCGCAUCUCAGAGAAACUUGUAUUGGAGAUGAUCUCUCAGAGGUUCCAACACCAGGGUCUGCUGAUGAAGAGGACGAUGAUGAUUGA